AGUGAGAGAGAGCGAGAGACACAGAGAGAGAGACACAGAGAGAGAGAGCAACAGCUCCUGAAGGCCUGUGGUAGUGACCUUUGACCCUGAGAGUGACCAUCAUGCCAAGGUCGUUUUUGGUGAAGAGUAAACGGGCACACAGCUACCACCAGCCCCGCAGCUUGGAGGAUGACCACAUCCAGCUCCAUACACUUAUAACAUACUCAUGCACAGAAAUCCAAGCAGGAAAUGUGUCCCAGUGCUGUGAGGAUGCAGGCAGGUGCUCACCUGAGGGCAGCGCUGUCCACACAGCGGAGAACUGCGCUCAGCACUCCCCUCUCAGCUGUGGAGGAAGUGUGUGUGACCGACCUUCAGACCAAGAGGAGUCGUGGAGAUCCCUCAGCUGUGGAGACAGUGUCUGUGACCGACCUUCGGACCAUGAGGAGGAGUCGUCUGCAUCUCCAGAUGUAGAAGAAUGUCCUGUCUCAUCACCGGAUGACCUCCAACCUUUUGACAUGACCUACCGUCCGUCUGCUUGGGCCAGAUCCGAGCUCAGGCGCUUCAUUUCGCCUUUCCAUCGGGUUCCUAUGGGCAUUUACAGAGGAUCAGAUAGAAAGACUGAGGCUCUUUCCACUGAACAGCCCUCCAGUGGGGGAUACUGCCACAAAUACAGCACACUGAGUCUACUGGACAAUCGCACAAGGGGAUAUUACUCUGACUUUAAGGCCAUUGCUGAUGUCUCUGAGACCGAACCGCAGCCUGAUCUCCUGUACACACGACUUCAGCUGAACGGCUCUUACAAGUGUAUAAAAUGUACCAAGGUGUUUUCCACCCCCCAUGGUCUAGAGGUGCACGUACGGCGGUCCCACAGUGGCUCGAGACCCUUCGCCUGUGAGACGUGUGGAAAAACAUUCGGCCACGCGGUCAGUCUGGAACAGCACAGAGCCGUCCACUCACAGGAGAGGAUUUUCAGCUGCAAAAUUUGCGGGAAAAGCUUUAAGAGGUCCUCAACUCUGUCCACGCACGUGCUGAUCCACUCGGACACUCGGCCGUUCGCAUGUCCGUACUGCGGCAAGAGAUUCCACCAGAAAUCAGAUAUGAAGAAACAUACAUUUAUACACACAGGUGAAAAGCCCCAUAAAUGUCAGGUGUGUGGGAAAGCGUUCAGCCAGAGCUCCAACCUCAUCACACACAGCCGCAAACACACAGGCUUCAAGCCGUUCGGCUGCGAUCUGUGCGCUAAAGGCUUCCAGCGCAAAGUGGACCUGAGGAGGCACAGAGAGGCACAGCACGGUCUCAAAUAAGAACAGCUCACAGGCUUAAGAGACUCACGCUUUACACAGAAAACACUAUCAGGAUGCAGACGUGUAGACGUCCACGGACGGACAUACUCCUGAUCUCCACUUUCACCAUGGACAAGACUUUAUGUGACUUUCUUCUUAAUUUAAUUUCAUGUCUCUGAAUGUUGAAUGUUUGCUCAUAUUUCUACAAAAAUCACAUACACGAGUUAGACUUUUUAAAAUUAGGCAAAACAUGGAAAU